CCCAGGCUCCGCCCCCUGUCCAUCUGCUGCUGCGCUCCCUGCGCCAAGUCUCCGCGCUGAGCUGUGCGGGUGCUGACAGACGGGCUGUGCGGCGAGCGGCCAGCCAGGACCUCGCAGUCGCGUUGCUGCCCCUCUGGACACCUCAGCUCGAGGCCUCUCCGUGAGGGGCGGGGACACCGUCCCCCACCGGGGCAGAGGCCAGAGGCCACUGCCAAGCAUGGCGCCCACCUGGAGUCCCAGCGUGGCGUCCGUGGUGGGUCCCGUGGGGCUCUUCCUCAUACUGCUGGCCAGAGGAUGCACCGCUGAAGAGCCACCCAGGUUUAUCAAAGAGCCCAAGGACCAGAUUGGUGUGUCGGGAGGCGUGGCCUCCUUCGUGUGCCAGGCCACGGGCGACCCUAAGCCACGGGUGACUUGGAACAAGAAGGGCAAGAAAGUAAACUCACAGCGCUUCGAGACCAUCGACUUUGACGAGAGCUCCGGAGCAGUGCUGAGGAUCCAGCCGCUGCGGACACCCCGAGAUGAGAACGUGUACGAGUGCGUGGCCCAGAACUCGGUGGGGGAAAUCACAGUUCACGCGAAGCUGACUGUUCUCCGAGAGGACCAGCUGCCCCCUGGCUUCCCCAACAUUGACAUGGGCCCCCAGCUGAAAGUUGUGGAGCGCACGCGCACAGCCACCAUGCUCUGUGCCGCCAGCGGGAACCCUGACCCCGAGAUCACCUGGUUCAAGGACUUCCUGCCUGUGGACCCCAGUGCCAGCAAUGGGCGCAUCAAGCAGCUUCGAUCAGGUGCCCUGCAGAUAGAGAGCAGCGAGGAGACCGACCAGGGCAAGUACGAGUGCGUGGCCACCAACAGCGCUGGUGUACGCUACUCAUCACCCGCCAACCUCUACGUGCGAGUCCGCCGCGUGGCCCCCCGCUUCUCCAUCCUGCCCAUGAGCCACGAGAUUAUGCCCGGUGGGAACGUGAAUAUCACUUGUGUGGCCGUGGGCUCACCCAUGCCCUACGUGAAGUGGAUGCAGGGGGCCGAAGACCUGACGCCCGAGGAUGACAUGCCCGUGGGUCGGAAUGUUCUAGAACUCACUGAUGUCAAGGACUCAGCCAACUACACGUGUGUGGCCAUGUCCAGCCUUGGUGUGAUUGAGGCUGUGGCCCAGAUCACUGUGAAGUCUCUCCCCAAAGCCCCUGGGACUCCCGUGGUGACGGAGAACACUGCCACCAGUAUCACCGUCACAUGGGACUCAGGCAACCCCGAUCCAGUGUCCUACUACGUGAUUGAGUAUAAGUCCAAAAGCCAGGAUGGGCCGUAUCAGAUCAAAGAGGACAUCACCACCACACGCUAUAGCAUCGGGGGCCUGAGCCCCAAUUCCGAGUAUGAGAUCUGGGUGUCGGCUGUUAACUCCAUCGGCCAGGGUCCUCCCAGCGAGUCAGUGGUAACCCGCACAGGCGAGCAGGCACCGGCCAGUGCUCCCAGGAACGUUCAGGCACGCAUGCUCAGCGCUACCACCAUGAUAGUGCAGUGGGAGGAGCCGGUGGAGCCCAACGGUCUGAUCCGUGGCUACCGCGUCUACUACACCAUGGAACCCGAGCACCCGGUGGGCAACUGGCAGAAGCACAAUGUGGAUGACAGCCUGCUGACCACCGUGGGCAGCCUGCUGGAGGACGAGACCUACACCGUGCGCGUGCUGGCCUUCACCUCGGUGGGCGAUGGGCCACUGUCAGACCCCAUCCAGGUCAAGACGCAGCAGGGAGUGCCUGGCCAGCCCAUGAACCUAAGGGCAGAGGCCAAGUCUGAGACUAGCAUUGGGCUCUCGUGGAGCGCGCCGAGGCAGGAGAGUGUCAUUAAGUAUGAACUGCUCUUCCGGGAGGGCGACCGAGGCCGAGAGGUGGGGCGCACCUUCGACCCAACCACAGCCUUUGUGGUGGAGGACCUCAAGCCCAACACGGAGUAUGCAUUCCGGCUGGCGGCGCGCUCGCCGCAGGGCCUGGGCGCCUUCACCGCGGUCGUGCGCCAGCGCACGCUGCAGGCCAUGCCCAGCGCGCCCCCGCGGAAGGUGGAGGCGGAGGCGCUCAACGCCACGGCCAUCCGAGUGCUGUGGCGCUCGCCCACGCCCGGCCGGCAGCACGGGCAGAUCCGCGGCUACCAGGUCCACUAUGUGCGCAUGGAAGGCGCUGAGGCCCGCGGGCCACCGCGCAUCAAGGACAUCAUGCUGGCAGAUGCCCAGGAAAUGGUGAUCACGAACCUACAGCCUGAGACUGCUUACUCUAUCACAGUAGCCGCGUACACCAUGAAAGGCGAUGGCGCUCGCAGCAAGCCGAAGGUGGUGGUGACCAAGGGAGCAGUCUCCCCCAAGAACUUCAGGGUGAAAAUGAUAAUGAAGACAUCAGUGCUGUUGAGCUGGGAGUUCCCUGACAACUACAACUCGCCCACGCCCUAUAAGAUCCAGUACAACGGGCUCACACUGGAUGUGGAUGGCCGCACCACCAAGAAGCUGAUCACACACCUCAAGCCCCACACCUUCUAUAACUUCGUGCUCACCAACCGUGGCAGCAGCUUGGGUGGCCUGCAGCAGACGGUCACUGCCAGGACCGCCUUCAACAUGCUCAGUGGCAAACCUAGUGUCGCCCCAAAGCCCGACAAUGACGGCUUCAUCGUGGUCUACCUGCCCGACGGCCAGAGCCCUGUGACCGUGCAGAGCUACUUCAUUGUGAUGGUCCCGUUGCGCAAGUCUCGCGGCGGCCAGUUCCCGAUCCUGAUGGGUAGUCCAGAGGACAUGGAUCUGGAAGAGCUCAUCCAGGACAUCUCCCGGCUGCAGAGGCGCAGCCUGCGCCACUCACGCCAGCUGGAAGUGCCCCGGCCCUACAUUGCAGCCCGUUUCUCCAUCCUGCCAGCUGUCUUCCAUCCAGGGAACCAGAAGCAAUAUGGCGGCUUUGACAACCGCGGCUUGGAGCCAGGUCACCGCUAUGUCCUCUUUGUGCUGGCUGUGUUGCAGAAGAAUGAGCCUACAUUUGCAGCCAGUCCCUUCUCAGACCCAUUCCAGCUGGACAACCCCGACCCCCAGCCCAUCGUGGACGGUGAGGAAGGUCUCAUCUGGGUGAUCGGGCCCGUGCUGGCCGUGGUCUUCAUCAUUUGCAUCGUGAUUGCCAUCCUGCUGUACAAGAACAAACCUGACAGUAAACGCAAGGACUCUGAGCCCCGCACCAAAUGCCUGCUGAACAACGCCGACCUCGCCCCUCAUCACCCCAAGGACCCUGUGGAAAUGCGGCGAAUCAACUUCCAGACGCCAGGCAUGCUCAGCCACCCACCCAUCCCCAUCGCAGACAUGGCUGAGCACAUGGAGAGACUUAAAGCCAACGACAGCCUGAAGCUCUCGCAAGAGUACGAGUCCAUCGACCCCGGGCAGCAGUUCACCUGGGAACAUUCAAACCUGGAGGCCAACAAGCCAAAGAACCGCUACGCCAACGUCAUCGCCUACGACCACUCACGUGUCAUCCUGCAGCCGCUUGAAGGCAUCGUGGGUAGUGAUUACAUCAACGCCAACUAUGUGGACGGCUACCGUCGGCAGAAUGCGUACAUCGCCACACAGGGGCCCCUGCCUGAGACCUUUGGGGACUUCUGGCGGAUGGUGUGGGAGCAGCGGUCAGCCACUGUGGUCAUGAUGACGCGGCUGGAGGAGAAGUCACGGAUCAAAUGUGACCAGUACUGGCCUAACCGAGGUACAGAAACUUACGGCUUCAUCCAGGUCACCCUGCUGGACACCAUGGAGCUGGCCACCUUCUGCGUCAGGACCUUUUCCCUACACAAGAAUGGCUCGAGCGAGAAGCGUGAGGUGCGCCAUUUCCAAUUCACAGCAUGGCCGGACCACGGGGUGCCCGAGUACCCCACUCCCUUCCUGGCAUUCCUGCGCAGAGUCAAGACCUGCAACCCACCUGAUGCCGGCCCCAUUGUGGUCCACUGCAGUGCUGGCGUGGGCCGCACUGGCUGCUUCAUCGUCAUCGACGCCAUGCUGGAGCGCAUUAAGACCGAGAAGACAGUGGACGUGUAUGGGCAUGUGACGCUCAUGCGGUCGCAGCGCAACUACAUGGUGCAGACAGAGGAUCAGUACAGCUUCAUCCACGAAGCUCUGCUGGAGGCCGUGGGCUGCGGCAACACCGAGGUCCCCGCGCGCAGCCUCUACACCUACAUACAGAAGCUGGCCCAGGUGGAGCCUGGAGAGCAUGUCACAGGCAUGGAGCUGGAGUUCAAGAGGCUCGCCAGCUCCAAGGCACACACUUCGCGCUUCGUCACCGCCAGCCUGCCUUGCAACAAGUUUAAGAACCGCCUGGUGAACAUCCUGCCAUACGAGAGCUCGCGCGUGUGCCUGCAGCCCAUCCGCGGCGUCGAGGGCUCUGACUACAUCAAUGCCAGCUUCAUUGACGGCUACAGACAGCAGAAAGCCUACAUUGCGACGCAGGGGCCGCUGGCGGAGACCACGGAGGACUUCUGGCGCGCCCUGUGGGAGAACAACUCCACCAUUGUCGUGAUGCUUACCAAGCUCCGGGAGAUGGGCCGGGAGAAAUGCCACCAGUACUGGCCCGCCGAGCGCUCUGCCCGCUACCAGUACUUCGUGGUGGACCCGAUGGCAGAGUACAACAUGCCGCAGUACAUUCUCCGCGAGUUCAAGGUCACGGAUGCCCGGGAUGGCCAGUCCCGGACCGUCCGACAGUUCCAGUUCACGGACUGGCCCGAGCAGGGCGCGCCCAAGUCAGGCGAAGGCUUCAUCGACUUCAUCGGCCAAGUGCAUAAGACCAAGGAGCAGUUCGGCCAGGACGGGCCCAUCUCGGUGCACUGCAGCGCUGGAGUGGGCAGGACAGGCGUGUUCAUCACCCUGAGCAUUGUGCUGGAACGGAUGCGGUAUGAGGGUGUGGUGGACAUUUUCCAGACAGUGAAGGUGCUGCGAACCCAGAGGCCCGCCAUGGUGCAGACGGAGGACGAGUACCAGUUCUGCUUCCAGGCGGCGCUGGAAUACCUGGGCAGCUUUGACCAUUAUGCAACAUAAGCCAUGGGCCCUGCCCGACGCCAGACCCUGUGCAAUGCGCCCAGAAGUGACCCAGGCCCCGCAGGGCACGAGGAGGCCCGGCGUUGCGGGGCCCAGCCGCUGCCUUCCGAACUCGGCACAAACGAGGUUCCAGGGUGGGGGGUGGGGGAGAGAGCGAAGAGGGUGCGGCUGCUGCUCCCCACUGCCGGCAGCUCUGCCCCAUGCUCCCUGCCUGCCUGGCGGGGACUUUUCUUUCUUUCUUUCUUUUUAAUAGUGUUUUUUUUUUCUUUUUCUUUUUUUUUUAAGAAGAAACAAAAUCAAUCGUGCCGGUCAAAACUUUGAAAAACAAACAAGAUCGCCAUGUAUGCCUCCAUGGGAGGCCUAUUUUUUCAGUCAGCUUGUCGUGUGGCAGUUACGUGCGAGCGUGGGACUGAGCCCGCGAUGUGUCCCUCGUCCCCGUGUGAGUGACACACUCUUAGUUCUUGUUUUCCUUUUUUUUUUUUUUUAAAUCAAUCUUCAGACAUAUCAGAUACGGAGGGUGAAGCUGGGGGCACUCGGGCCACCGAGGACACUGGUCUAGCCCCAGCCGCCAGGAGUAUCCUCGCCCACUCGUGGCUCCGUGCCCUGCAUGGAGGACCUGGUCCCUAGAACUGCAGGACACUUGGGGGCAUUCGACCCCCCGGAGCAACUGUAGAGCGGGUCAGCUCUGCCCACGCCAGUUUUUUGGGCAGAAGCAGUGGGCGCCGCCCCUGUAUGUAGAUAAACCGACUUUGUAUUAAAGGAAGAUUCGUCCGA